AUGACAUCCAAGCAGCUUAUGAUCCCUCAGGGUGCUGUUGCCGACUCGUCUCCGGCUGCUCCACUGCUAGCCAGUUAUGGCUGGCAGUUGCUGCCCCAGUUGUACACUCUCUGCAAGGAGCAGCCCUUCUGUGACUGCACCAUCUUCAUUGGGAAUGUGCAUUUUAGAGUGCACAAGGUGGUUUUGGCUCCUGCCAGUCUGCUGUUUAAAUCCGUGUUGGACAGCACAGACACCAUCUCCAAUUGAUGCUUCUGUGGUAACACCUGUGGUAUGGUAACACCACUCUUACUUGAGAUUAUGGACAAUGACAAACUCCCACUGAGGAAACACAAUUUCACCAAAGUUAUCUCUGUGGCAGAUAGUCUGCAGAUGUUUGAUGUGGCUGUUAGUUGCAAAUACCUCCUCAGGGAUCACAUAAGUUGUUCUGUUCAGGAUCAGGUAGUAAAAGGAGUCUCCAGCCAGGAAGCAGAUUCAUCUCGAAACCAAACUGCAGCUAAUUACCUGCUCCAGUCUGGAAAACCUGAUGAGGAAAGAACAUUUAUCAUCCUCAUUCAGAGAGUUUCUCCUUUCCCCAUAGAAGCAAAAAUAGAAGCAGGUGUUUCUCCUCCUGGCCAGGAACUUACCGUGAAUCAUACCUGGGUUCAUCAGGACACAAUGUUGAGUGAGUCCAGGUCCCUCCAGGAGGAUUCAGGCUCUGGCCCUGACCAGCCUGUCCAUGCUGAGUGGAGUGGCUGUAUGGAAGAGGAGCUUGCUGAGCUGCCAGAGGCGGAAGGGCAGUCAAGGGAUUUAGCAGCAGAGAGCAAAAGCUAUACAAUUAAUUUCUUUGUUUGAUCUGAAAAUGUUUUCUCUGAGGCUCUUUCUGAUGCCCAGGCUGUGCUGAAAAGACUCAAAGAGUGCAGAAAAAUUGAUGCCUCUCAAAAGGAGCUUGAGGGCAACACAGAAGCAGAAUGGGAUGUCUGUACUGGUGUGACAGUGGAGCAGGAGGACACAGAGCUUGUGAAUGAUUGUGAAAGCAUAGCCGAUGAAGAGACGCUGACCGCUCGUUUGAUGUGCUGCAGGGAGGAGCUGAUCCGGAGCGUGACACAGCUGAGCUCUGUCAUAGAAUUGGAGGCAGUAGAAGAGGGAUUCCAGACUGCCUCAGAGAAGCAGGUAGCUUUGGAUUGCUGUGAAGGCAGCUCUCAGAGGGAAGUCAUGGACAAUCUGAUCAGGAAGGUGGAUAAAGAGAAAACCCUGAAAGUGAAAUUUCUGGAGGCUGUGAAAGCAUCCUUCCCUUGACUCCAGCUUCUGCCGGAUAACUUGGGGGCAAGAGCAAACAUCUCUGAUGGUAAAGGCACAUGGAGCCCAGAGGAGUAUAGGGCCAAACUGUUGUGACAACGCCGAGAGAACUUUGUGGAGUUCCUGACAGACACCCAUGUGCUGCUGCAGGACAUCUCUGCUGCAUGGAGCCUGGCAUCUGCAGAGAGAGAUAUGAACAAGCUCCUACACUUAUGCAAGUUACGAGUAGGAGGUGGUGGUUUCACCUGCCUUGUGUUGGCAGUGCUGGAGCAGCAGUCCCUGUCUGACUCUGCUGUUUGGCAGCUGCUGAUGGCUCAACAUAUCUUAGAAAACCUGAUCUUCUUGCCCAAAGUUGGACAACCAGUGAGAAGGGAGGUCUGCAAGGACCUCAUGCUGCAUGUCAGUGCUGCAAUUAUGGCUAUCAGUGAGAACACAGUGGCAUGGCAAGCUGAUCUUCAAGCCAUCCAGCAAAGGGAGGACCUGAAGGGCUUGGCUUUGGGGUAGGCAGGGCUCACAGAAGCAGUGAAACAGGGAAAACUAUGUCUCCUGAUUGAGGGAAGAGGGCAGAAACCUGGGAUCAGGAGGUGGAAGGUGAGCAGGGAAUCUCAGUUUGAAGUUCUGGACAAAGAUAAGGACAAGGCAGGAGGUGCCAGUGCCAGUGAAGCAAAGGAAUCCCAGGACACUUCUUUCAAGAAGACUUUUGUCUGCAAAGCCUGUUGCAAAGUCUUUCACUUCUACUGCUGCCUAAAGGUGCACAUGAAAUGCUGUCAGGUUGCCAGAGGAAAGCAGAUCCAGCGUAAAGAGUAUGGUGAGGUCAAGUCGAAUGAGCUGGAGAAGCAUCAGCUGGAGGUCUAUGGGAUGGUGGGUAUGGCCAAGAAGAAAAAGAAGAAGAAGAGGCUCCCCAUGGCAUGUGACGUUGGAAGAGAGUUUGCUCAUACCUCAAGUAGGCAGUUGUCAGGGCUAUGUUAUCACAACAGGACUCACCAUCCUGAUGUCUUUGCAGCUCAGAAUCACUGCUCCUUCAAGUUCUCUUCCAUACGGUGCAGCUGCUGUGACAAAACCUUUACCAGCACUGCUGCUCACCAAAAGCAUGUCAAGGCAGAGCACACAGAUGUGAAGUUCCAUGAGUGUGAGUCAUGCAUGGAGCUGUUCCCCAUCCCGGCUCUCCUGCAGGUAGUGAAGUGCAGGCACUCAGCUUCCCAACCAUUGUGCUGCUCAUACUGCUUCAUGGCCUUCCUCCCUGGGGCCCUGCAGAGCCACGUCACCAGCCAGCAUUUCACACAAGAUAGCACCUUCAUGGGUGAGCUCUUCCCCUCCCAGGGCAAGCUGGAGGGGCAUCUCAGGACUGGGUAUCCCAAGGUGACCUUCUCCCAAGCCACCACUGCCCAGAUUGUGCAGAUAAGAACUACAUUGCAGCAAGGAGAAGCAGAGCACAUAAUCUCUUUCGAUGAUGCCAAACUUGUGACGUUGCCCAAAUCCCAAGUGAGACAAACUGGCUCUGAGGUGGUGACUGUGGAGAAUUUGUUUGAUAAAGUCACUCUGAUGUGUGAAGAAAUCAAGGGAGGGACAGGGGAGGUUGCCUGUGCCUAG